AUGGUGGAGCGUGGAUACGACGUUUCGUUCCGGCUCAUUCGAGUUUACCCACCGCUGUCGCGUGACGACAGGUUUUACAUUGUGCUACCUAUAGAUCGGCACAUGGCAGCUAUGUCUGUUGGCUUUAGCAAGCUCUGUAGCGUAUGCUCCAACUUCGACGUUCGGAUACUGCUCCUAACAGCGGAGAGUCAGCCACAAGCAGCCUUCAAUGAUCCUUCCGCGCCUGACAGCCUGGAGGGCCUCCGACCGGCGCUGUUCAAAUUCUUCAAGCAACACGAGAACUUGCUGUCUCUCCGAUCCUCAGCCCGUGAAUGCGACUUGUGUAGAUCCAUAUGGCAGUUAUAUGCCGCUCUGACCCACCCUGCCGAACUACAGGAUGAGGCUAUUAGCCAGGGCUUAAGCGCCCAACAGAUAUGGAUCGGAACGACCGCCUGGGACGAGGCGCUUCAUGGCCUCCCUCACUUAGUCGUGACACAGCAUGCGGAGAAUAGGUCUAUGCGUAUCCUAGCCUCAUUUGAGGUGUGCGCUUUGAGAGGACACGAGCCAUUAGAUAAUAACAAGCUCCUUGCUAGGAGUAUUUUCCCAAACUCGGGAUCUGAUGGGUGUCUUAGACUUGCAUCUGACUUACUCACCACUUGUCGUGAGGGCCAUAAGUCAUGUUCUUCCCAGUACCCCACGCAAACGGUGCUUCCAACGCGGAUCAUCUCAACCCGAGGGCCGAACCCCAAGCUUGUCGACGGCGCUGGUCGCCAGGAUACAUUUGCCGCUCUCUCCUACUGCUGGGGUGGCGACACAACCUUCAAGCUCACCAAAGACACGGAAGCGCAGUUUCGCGCCGGUCGCCCGAUCGCUGAUUUUCCAGCUACGCUUCGCGAUGCCAUCGCAAUUACAAACUCCUAG